AUACACCUUCUUCCCUGGGUUAUUUUAAUCUAAAGAAGGCACUACGCCACAAGAAUGGGUUCAGGUGAUUGGUUUAAGACAAUUAUUAGCUUAAGAAAAUCAAAAGAAGGCAGAUCCAAGAAAGCCAAGGGAUCUUUAGCUUCAGAGAAAGUAAGUGCAUUGAAGACUAAGAAUUAUACAGGAAAAGAGUCCAGUGGUUUAGCAAAUGGCAUUAAAAUUGAAAAUCUUGUGUCAGCUGGGGUAUCAGUUGAAACUAUUGCUGCAACAAGAAUUCAAACAGCAUUCCGGGCUUACAAGGCUAGAAAAUAUUUUUGUCGCUUGAAAGGAUUCACAAAACUGAAGAUCUUGACUCAAGGUUACUCAGUUCAAAAACAAGCCAGUACUGCUAUAGCUUAUCUUCAUUCAUGGAGCAAGAUACAGGCUGAGAUUAGAGCUCGCCGAAUAUGUAUGGUGACAGAAGACAGGAUCAGGAAGAAGAAACUAUAUUCUCAACUAAAACUUGAGGCAAAUCUCCAUGACCUGGAGGUGGAAUGGUGUGGUGGUUCUGAAACCAAGGAGGAAGUCAUUGCAAGGUUACAUCACAGAGAAGCAGCAGCAGUUAAGAGGGAAAGAGCCAUGGCAUAUGCCUUCUCUCAUCAGUGGAGGGCCAACUCUAGUGAGAGCCAAGGGCUAGGGAAUUAUGAACUUAGCAAAGCUAGUUGGCGUUGGAGCUGGAAGGACCGUUGGAUUGCUGCUCGCCCUUGGGAAAGCCGUGUCCCCAGUAUAACCAUUAGCCCCAAGAAAGCUCAAAAUAAAGUUCAGAAGGAUAAGAAUCCAUCAACACCAAAAGAACCAGUUUCAGUUAAACAUGCUUCAGCUAAUGCAAAAGGGUGUCAUCCUUUGGGUAAUGCAAAAGGGACUACAAAGGCUAGAAGAUUGUCUUACCCUGCAACAGAUAAAACGUUGGUGCAUGAAGGAAAGCAAUGAGUACUCAGGCGUUGAUGCUAAGAAGAAAAAAAAGCAUUUUUAUAAUCAAGUUCAAGCCUAUUGUCUAACAUCAGCUGAGUUAAAUUGCUUUUUAAGGGGUUACAGUGUGUAAAGUCAAGAUGAAAAGCUAUGUUUUUUAUUCACUGGACGCUUCCAAUUUGUGCAUAUGAAAGUAGUGAAAUUCAGUCACUUUGGUAAUAGAAACAAACCUUCAUGUGUG